AUGCGAGUGCUCUGCGUGGCUGAGAAGCCGUCCAUUGCCAAAGCCGUCGCGGGGCAUCUCUCUGGAGGAUCCUUCCAGACACGAAACACGGAUGAGAAGUACAUCAAGAAUUAUGUAUUCGACUACGACUUUGGCGGCCGCUGGGGGAAAUGCGAGGUGACCAUGACCUCAGUGCUGGGCCACAUCACCUCGGCAGACUUUCCUCCCGACUACAAGCGCUGGGAGUCGCCACCGCCAGAAGCUCUCUUUAGUGCCCCAAUCAAUAUCACAACUCCUGAUGAUAAGAAAAAGGUGGCCGCAAACAUAACCAAGCAGGCACAAUACUCACGCGCUCUUUGCAUCUGGACCGAUUGUGACAGAGAGGGCGAACACAUCGGCGGCGAAAUCUGCGAUGCUGCCAAGAAAGGCAACAACUCUCUCGAAAUCAAACGUGCCCGGUUCAGCAAUAUCGAAAAGGCACACGUCUUGAAUGCUGCUCGCAAUCUGAUCAACCUCGAUCAGAAACAAGUCAAUGCCGUGACAUCACGGAUUGAACUUGACCUCAGAACAGGUUACGCCUUCACGAGAUUCCUUACUCUAAACUUGCGGCUUCUCGGGGGUCCUUUCUCCAAAUUGACGCUAAGUUAUGGCUCCUGCCAGUUUCCAACGCUCGGCUUCGUCGUAGAUCGAUACUUUCGUGUCCGCAACUUCAAACCGGAGCAGUUCUGGGCCAUAAAAGUCAUGCACAAGCGUGAGGGCAUCAAUGUCAACUUCAGCUGGGGCAGACAUCGACUCUUUGACCGAGCUUCGACCGUCAUUCUGUACGAAAGGUGCCUCGCCGCGAAAACCGCCAAGGUGACCAAGGUCCAAGAAAAGCCCACCAAGAAAUGGAAGCCUUUGCCCUUGACGACGGUAGAGAUGCAGAAAAUGGCGACCCGGUUUCUGCGCAUGACGGGUCAGCAGGCCAUGGACGCUGCCGAAUCACUCUACAACAAGGGAUUCAUCAGUUAUCCACGAACAGAGACCGACCGCUUUGACACGGGAAUGAAUCUCCGCGCUCUUGUACAAAAGCAGACACAGGACAACAACUGGGGAACAUUCGCGCAGAACCUAGUUGAUGGAGGCUUUAACCAGCCUCGCCAGGGCCGCAAUGAUGACAAAGCUCAUCCACCGAUCCAUCCCAUCACUUAUGUUGCACCAUCAGCACUCAACGACAAUGAACGACGGAUAUACGAGUUCGUGGUCCGGCGGUUCCUCGCCUGUUGUUCCGAGGACGCCAAGGGCAUGGCCACCGACGUAGACAUUCUAUUUGGCGAAGAGAGCUUCCAUGCGCACGGCCUUGUUGUGCUGGAAAGGAACUACCUGGACGUCUACGUGUAUGAAAAGUGGACUGGCAGCGCCCAGCUGCCGAAGUUCACCGUGGGGGAGUCCUUCGAGCCAAGUGAGGCACUCAUGACUGAAGGCAAGACUGCCGCACCCAGCUAUUUGACAGAGGCGGAUCUUAUCGCGCUCAUGGACGCGAACGGCAUCGGCACUGAUGCUACCAUGGCCGAGCAUAUCCAAAAGAUCCAAGAACGAGACUAUGUGCGCACGGUGCCCCGAUCAGGCCGCAAUGCUGAAGAGGACGGCCAAGAGGACAGCGAAAGCGUUUCAACAAGGGGUGGUCGAGGAGGUGGACGCGGAGGCCGUGCCAGCAGGGGUGGCCGUGGCGGUGGUGCUGGAGGUCGUGGUGGAGCGGGUAGUGGUGUGAAGGAGUUUAUACCCACGUCGCUCGGAGUUGCUCUGAUCGAAGGCUUCGACAGGAUGAAUUUCGAGACGAGCUUGGGCAAACCUUUCCUGCGGAAGGAGUUUGAGCUGAAGAUGAAGGCAAUAUGCGAAGGCCGGACGACCAAGGAAGCUGUCCUGCAAGAGACUAUCGGUCAAUAUCGGAGAGUUUUUGAGCAGUCACAGGACAAGCUUCACAUCUUGAAAGCGGCCUGUCGACAGUACGUCUUCGAGAACGGCGAAUGA